CACAAGGGGACAGAUGGAUUAUCUGACAUGCGCCUCAAUUGACCAACGCUCCUUUUAAAGUCUGAAUCCUGGUUUUCCUCCUCAGAGUGAAAACUGGAACAUGUGGAGUGCAGCACAUUUUGGACAGGUAAUCUGUAUAGUGCAGCUUUUGUGAUUUCACUGGACCUGUAAGGGAUUUUACACUUUGCAAACUUUCAACGUGGACAUCAGCAAACUUUCUAUUUUUGUCUUUUUGAAGAAAAAAAAAAAUGGAAAUACAGAGUCUAACUGGAGCAGCAAGAAUUUAAACAACUUCAAGAGAACAGCAAACCCAAAGGAGAGUGGAAAACAGGCUUGUUACUGGAAUACACACACAUGGUUAUUUGUGUGUAUUUUUUUUUUUUAACGUAAUCUCUGCUUUAUCAGACUGAUUUUUUUCCAAAACACACUUGGACUGCAGGCUUUCUGAACGUCAGCCUACAGCUUUUUAACAGUGGAAAAAAAGAACCGGAGGAUUAUCAGCUUCAAACACUUGUAGAACAGUCUACACACGCUCCAAAAUCACUCACAUUUUAUACAGGUGCUGAAUCUUUUGGACUCUUCAGGGGGACCUUUUCAUCGUCUGGACUGUGGAGGGCUCUCCUCCCUGCCCUUCCAGCUUCUCCUUGCCCCCAGCAGCAUGUCCCAGGCUCUGAGGCUGCCUCUAGUCCUCCACACAGCACACUACCAUGAUCAGAUGGGCUGCUGGAGGAAGUAAGGCUGCCUCUGCCUCGUCCUGCUUCAGGGCUGGGUUAGGGGCUAGUUCUGGUUCUGGGGUCAGCUCCAGAUUAAGGUCAUCCACACUGCUUCCCUCCCUGUCUUUGCCUCUCCUGGUGGCCCUUGUGCUUCUUUCCCUCUUCCUACCAGGGGCGGCCAGUCACCACCACAGAGACAGACUCAGACACCCAAACCCACGAACUCUUAUUCCUCUGAACAUUUCUGAGACUGAGGUGGGUUUUAGACCAAGGGCCACCAGGGGCCCGUUUGGCCGGGCUGGCGGAGCUCAGGGUAGGCAUGUGCGCAGCUACAAUCAUCUGCAAGGGGACAUACGGCGGAGGAAGCUGUUCUCUUUCCAGAAGUUUUUCCUGAGGAUCGAUAGGAAUGGAAAGGUCAAUGGAACCAAAAGUAAAGACGACCCCCUCAGUAUUCUGGAAAUCACAUCAGUUGAUGUGGGAGUGGUGGCCAUCAAAGGACUGAACAGCAACUACUAUCUGGCCAUCAGUAGGAAGGGAGAGCUGUACGGAGCGAGAGACUUUGGUGUCGACUGCACCCUGAAGGAGCGCAUUGAGGAGAACGGUUACAACACGUACGCAUCAGCCCAAUGGAGGAACAAGAAGCGGCAGAUGUUUGUGGGUCUGAAUGUCCACGGGAAGCCGCUGAGAGGCAAGAAAACCCGCAGGAGGAACACGGCCACCCACUUCCUUCCAAUUUUGGUGUAAACUGGCGAAAUAAAUUGGAGGAGAAGGCGAUCAUGCAGCACUGGACUGAGAGAUUUUCAAUCCUGAAACUAUCUGUAAAAUAAAGACAUUCACUGAGAGAUCUCUUUUUGGAAACAAGGCACUAACACUGUUACAUUAAAAUACGGUCUCUGCUCCUGACUCUGCAGAGAUCGUGUACUUUUAUUUGAUGGGAGAGGAUGAUUUCUGUGUUUUCAGUGGCAUGGGAUGUAAUAUUUAUCCUUUAUUCUGUGCCAAACUGUUUUUAUCUAGAGUAUGUGUGUAACAUGGACAACACAGAAGACACUGUCCUAGCUAUGAACUGUGGUAGAUGCAGAAAUAUCUAAAUAUGUUAUUUAUAAUCCAUAAUCUCCAGAUUAUGCACAGCAUAAAGACAACGGAUAAAAUGAGGUAAAUGAUUGGUCUGCAAGGAAAUAAAAGAGGGUACAUCACAUCUUAAGCAAAUGUUUGAUACUUAACCACUGUGUUUUGAUUGUAUUGUAAUGAUUUAUUUAUUUUGUGAAAUAUUUAACUGGAGAGGAACACU